CCGAGAAAGAUACCUCAUUUCUUGAGAGAGAAGCUCAAGCAAUAAUAUAAUGAUGGAUUGACGAUUUCUUACUCUUUUCAAAUUAACAAAGCUGGACUGAUCAAGAUUCAAGACUCAAGAGAAGAUACUAGCUGUGUCACAAAUUACAACUCAUUACCAUCACUUCGCCUCUGAGUCUGACAGAAAACAAUACUGAAACCCUAACCCUUUUAAUUCCCUAAAGAUCCAUCCAUCAAUAAAUCAACCCUAACUUGGAUGGAUCCGCUCUCUCAUGAUGAUCAACAACUUCUCCAAAACAUCACCUUCCAAACCAACAACAACAACAAUAAUAAUAAUAAUAUUUCUAAUCCAAGUACCUCAAACAGCAGCAGUAGCAGCAGCAGCAGCAGCAGAUACGAGAAUCAGAAACGCCGGGAUUGGAACACCUUCGGACAGUAUUUAAGGAACCAUCGGCCGCCGCUCUCCCUUUCCCGUUGUAGUGGGGCACACGUCCUUGAAUUCCUUCGGUACCUCGACCAGUUUGGAAAAACCAAAGUUCAUAUUCAGAUGUGCCCUUUUUACGGCCAUCCAAUCCCUCCUUCACCCUGCCCCUGCCCGCUUCGUCAGGCAUGGGGUAGCCUCGACGCCCUUGUCGGCCGUCUUCGUGCAGCCCACGAAGAGAACGGCGGACAGCCUGAAACGAACCCUUUUGGGUCCAGAGCUGUCCGUCUAUAUCUCCGAGAAGUAAGGGAUCUACAGUCGAAGGCUAGAGGAGUUAGCUAUGAGAAGAAGAAAAGAAAACGCCCUCCUCCUGUUCCUCCACACUUGCCGCCGCCAGCUGCAGGGGAUGAGAUUUGAUCUAGCUAGGGUACUUCUCUCUCUACCAAUUAUUAUGAUCUUAUGUGUUUAAUGAAUUAAUUAAUUAAUCUGCUGAGAAAUUUCGUGACCUAAUUUUUUGGGUUCUGGUUUUGAUUUUGAAAAACACAGUAAAUUAAACACUGUUGUAGUUCUUGACUUGAG